AUGUUGAUUCCGACUGCCGACCGUCGCAAGAUCCACCAGUACCUGUUCCAGGAGGGUGUCCUCGUUGCCAAGAAGGACUUCAACCAGCCCAAGCACGAGGAGCUUGAUAUCAAGAACCUCUACGUUGUCAAGGCCAUGCAGUCCCUGGACUCCAGAGGCUACGUCAAGACCCGUUUCUCUUGGCAGUACUACUACUACACCCUUACCGACGAGGGUGUCGAGUACCUGCGUGAGUGGCUCCACCUCCCCGAGAACAUUGUUCCCGCAACCCACAAGGCUACCCGCGAGGAAGCUCUGGCUGCCGCUCCCCGCCGUCGGGACGGUGGUGCCAAGGCUGUUGAUGUUCAGCCCCAGUUCAAUGCCUAA